CAAAAUCCUGCAAAGCGACUUUUAUUGCCUGAAUAUUAGCUGCAGUUUCACUGACAACGACCUGCUCUUUACUCUACCACAUGCAGAAUUAUUGAAAUACACAACGGGUAAAUUGCUUUUAUAUUGAUCAAAAAGCCUUUUUCACAUUUUCCCAUCAUUGAAUCAUGUGUCACUUUUUGAUAGCUGCGCAUAUGACUUUUGUUUUCAGUAAUUCUAUUUAAACUUACACACCUAUGCGCUUGCAAUUGAAAUUUGCCAGUAUUGCGAAGAAAUUGUCAAAAUUGAACCCAGUAAUGUGUAAAUACGUUAAAAGACAUCUGGAAUUUGCUGGAAAAUGGUAAAUAAAAGGAGUGAAGACUGAACUAUGCGGAAAUGAAAUUUUCUGCUCUUUAAUUUGAUACCAACUUAUCAGGCGCCAAAUAUUUGCCUGAAUUCGAAACCCCUUAUUUGAAACUCAACCUGAAAUCUAUAACUUGAUCUAAUCCUACGUCUUAUUUUUAUACUUUUACGUUAUACAGCAUGAAGCUAGUUAUGGCGAGUGAUCAAAGCGAGUUUGAGUUGGAGAGGAUCUUCUCGCUUCGUUGAAUGAUUCCUAAUUGUCUAUAGGUGAAGUGAAAUUUGCAGCAGAAUAGUCAUUCUGUUGGGCAUUUUAUUGCCACUUUUGUCAUUUGAUUGCCACUUCGAUUGAGUUAUUGUGAACUGUAUUGGUAAAUUGAAUUGAAAAUUACCCAGGAUAUCUGCUCUGAAGCAGUCAAAAUUAUGUUUCAGGACCUGUCGGGUAUUUUACUUGACUGCUGAGUCUGUUGGUGAAACUAUUCAUCUUAGCAGUGAACAGAUCUGCUGGGAAUGUGCUGCUCCUCCUCAAUUUUCAGUUCUCUAUACCAACUCCACCAAAAAGACAUCAACUACAAAAUGUUAUCCUUUGCUCUGAAGGAAAGUAUUUCCUUUAUUUUUCAUGUUCGGAAUUAUUCAUUUUUCAUUAUUUCCGGUAGUCGAAAACAGCAAACGGCGUCAACAAAGAACUGCAGCUGAUUUUCAGAUCUAUCAAUUAUUUAGUUUUUUUUUCAAUUUGAGCAAAAUGACAAAAUUCAAAUCAUUUUCAGAUGACUGAUUUCAAUUGGACUUUACUCCCUCGUUCUUAAUGGUAACGCAACAUUAGCUAAAUUAAUUUUACCUUAUCACAACUGGAUUGCAAUUUUCCUUUAUUUAUUUUCUAGUUUGAUAUAACUCGGCAUAUGUUUAUAAAAUGUGGAACAAAGCAGCGAAAUUUACAGAAAAUUGCUGAAAUAUUUUUGAUGUGAAAAACUUCAAACCGAUUUUUUUUCUCUCAAAAUAACAAAGAAUUGUUGAGAAAUAUAUCCGUGGCGCUUUCAUCUUUUAUUUGAUAUCGAUCGCUCUAUUUGCAAAUUCCCGAUGAUACUCCGGAUAAAUUGAUCCCUUUCAAUUACUACAAAAGGUCCCCUUCUCCGUAAGAUCUGAGCCAUUCAAAACCAACUGAUUGAAUCUCAUUAUAGUGAAUAUUACCACACAAGCAGGGAAGUUCGGCCUCAAAAUCCAAUGAAUCAAGCUAUAAAUACUUUAUUGCUCUUUUGUUGCCCCCUUUAAUUUCCUUAACAACAAAUUCCCUGUCGCCGCAGAAUCUGCGUAAUUAAAAGCGUUUCGGUCGGAUUAGUUGUGCUGUGAAGUGGGAUCAACUCCUUAGACAAACUUAAUCCGAGUUAUGUUCCCGGUCUGAAAAUGAACAAAGAAGACCUUCUAGUCGCAAAGUCGGACGAACAAAGGGAAAGUCGCGUCAUUUUAAACGUCGGCGGAGUCAGACACGAAACCCAGAGGGCGACUCUGAAGAAAAUCCCGGCCACACGACUGUCGAAGCUGACCGAAAACUUAAUCAACUUCGACGCCGUCAAGGGCGAGUACUUUUUUGACCGACAUCCCGGAGUGUUCGCCCAAAUUCUCAACUACUACAGAACGGGUAAACUACACUACCCAACUGAUGUCUGCGGACCCCUGUUCGAGGAGGAGCUUGGAUUUUGGGGUUUGGAUUCGAAUCAAGUGGAACCAUGUUGCUGGAUGACCUACACCAGACAUCGGGACACCCAAGAGACCCUGGCUAUCCUGGAUAAAAUUGAGAUAGACGGGAAUGAUGAGAACACGGAUGAGGACCAAAUCAUGCGGAAGUUUGGAAUCCCAGAGGACAUGAUCAAGGACAAAACGAAAAUUCCACUGGUGACCAAAUUCCAGAUAUCGCUCUGGAAGCUGUUUGAUGAGCCCAGAUCUUCCAGAUGGGCCAAACUAAUCAACAUGAUAACAGUGACAUGCAUAAUCAUCUCCAUCUGCUCAUUUUGCGCGGGAACCCACGAAGCUUUCGUAGAGACAGUUUCAAUAGAGGAGUUCUCGACGUCUUCAACUAGUCGUGGGACUCAAAACAUGACAAGCACAGAUUUCAGCUACAGAGGGGCGGAGUCUACACUUCAGGAGGAAGUGGAAGUGAAGUCUGACAAGAGGUCACACAGUGUACUUUUCGUAAUCGAGUGCCUUUGCAACAGUUGGUUCACGUUCGAACUCUUCAUGCGGUUCUUGGUCAGUCCUCAAAAGCAGAAGUUUGUACGCGAAGGAGUCAACAUCAUCGACUUCUUAGCCACUGUGGAUUUCUAUAUUGAGGUAGUUCAACGUAUGAUCAAACUAACUGGACUCUAUAAGGACUGCCUGGACGUCUUGUCAAUCAUCCGGAUACUCAGGAUAUUCAAACUCACCAGACAUCAUCCUGGCCUCAAGAUUCUCCAGUUAACUUUAAAAGCUUCGGCCAGGGAACUGUUCCUGCUUAUUUUGUUCCUCAUAUUCGGAGUGGUGAUCUUUAGUGCGAUGGUUUACUUUGCCGAAAAGAUGGAACUGAAGGCACAGAAGCACAAGAAGAAUGAUUUCCACUCUAUUAUUGAUGGGUUCUGGUGGAGUGUGGUUACUAUGACAACUGUAGGCUACGGAGACAUGGUACCCAAAAGCUACUCAGGAAUGCUGGUGGGUAUGCUGUGCGCUCUGGCGGGUGUGUUGACAACCUCCCUGCCCAUCCCAGUCAUAGUGAGCAACUUCACCAUCUUCUACCAACACAUGGAGGCCAGGAAGAAACUACCCAAGAGGAGACGGCGCAUCCUGCCUGCCACAGUGGAGAAGGUGCAGAGGUCAGACCAGCAGAAUAGAGCCAACAAACAGGCCAGGAACAGACGGACUAGCAUCUUUCCCCAGCUCAUGUCAGCACGCACAAGCGCAGUUGCAGCAACGCACGGUCUCUUGAGAGGGGUGAGUGGACAGAGCGAUCCGAAAGCAAACAACACUUCUCAUGCCGAAUCGAAAAAUUCAGUCGGAGCAUUCUCAAUGAAAAUUGAACCUCGAAGGGAGGAAUUUAGCUCCAAGUACACGAAUCCUACCUACAUGCACAGGAAGAGUAUUGCAAUUGACGAGAGAAUCGAUUCGAUCAAAGAUUUGAAGUCGGGGCACACUUCCGAAGACAACGAUUUCGGAUUGCCGAGUAAUCAAAACCGAAAGCAACGAGGACGUUCGGAUACUCUGAUCCCGCUUCCUUCAUCUUUGGGCGAUCAGACGUUACUAUCAAUGCAUCACUUAACAUCGAAUCCACUGGAGAGUAGUCCAAUCAAGAGGUUCCAUAGCACUUCAGGCGUCCCGAAAUCACGGAACCCCCUACUAGGCUCAGAACUUGACGACAACAUUUUGAACAUCUCUGAUCGAAAUGCCGAGAGUACGAAUUUAGAACUGCCGAAUGAGUUGCGGAAUAGUCUAAGCAUGAUGUGUAUUGUUUCGGAUGACGAUGAAAUGCGUUCGGUUUACGGAUCAGAAGAUGAGAUUAAUAACCUAGUUAGUGAUUUUAGGCCCUUGGAUAUCUGCAGGACAAGUGGUAGUUCUUCCAAGAAAGUUCCGCUGCCGCACUACACGCCUAAACACAAAGACUUUUUUGAACAGACUUUGAAACGGAAAAGUUCAUCGGAAAACUUCAAAUCAACCCCACCAAAAACAGUGCUGCCUCAAAACUCAUACGAAGCUGAUAUCAAUACCUUUUUUACACCAGAACUUAAUACCAUUUCCAAAAACAGUAGCAAUGAAGACAAGUCGCCUAUUUUGGAGGUGCCCAUCAUUUUUGAUCACGACAGUAGUUUAGCUAACGGGCAGGUUUGUUCAACAGCUAACAAAGGAUCGACAAGACCAACUUUGCCAGGUUUUGUGAGCAAAGAUGCACAUCAGUCCAAUUAUCAUCAACUGAAUAAAUCACCAAAGGCUUUUUACAACACGCAUUCCAGUUUUGCUUCGGGUCGACAACACAUUUCGAUUCCGAGUAAUAACUCGCUGAAACACUUGCUGGAAGAACCAGAGUAUGAGUUCUCAAUCGAUCACGAAGACUUAAACUUGAGUAGGUCUGCAAUAAACGAUUUAAUUUGAGUUUAAUUAUCAAUUGAAAUUAACAUUUUUAAUUUUAA